CCGGGCGGGCGUGGCGUGGUCGGCGUGCGCAGCCCGCCCGCCGGUCCGUUCCGCCUCCGUCAGGCCGUCCGUUUGUCUGUGCGGAGCCGGACCCGCAGACCCGCCACGCGCUCAGCUAGGCCGGAUCGGAGCGGCCCCCAUCAUGGGCUGGGGAGCCGGCGGGAGCUGCACCCCGCGCCCGCCCAUCCACCAGCAGCCGGCAUCCGAAACCCGAGUGGUCGUUGUGGUCUUCCUCGGCCUCCUGCUGGACCUCCUGGCCUUCACCUUGCUGCUGCCCCUGCUACCUGCGCUGCUGGAGAGCCACGGCCGUGCGCAGGAUCCUCUCUAUGGCUCGUGGCAGCGUGGGGUGGACUGGUUUGCUGCAGCCAUUGGGAUGCCAGCCGAGAAGAGGUACAACAGCGUCCUGUUCGGAGGUCUGAUUGGUUCCGUCUUCUCCUUCCUGCAGUUCCUCUCGGCGCCCCUCACGGGGGCCGUCUCUGACUGCCUGGGGAGGCGCCCGGUGAUGCUGCUGUCCCUGGCAGGCCUGGCCACCUCGUAUGCCGUGUGGGCCGCUUCGAAGAGCUUUGCGGCCUUCCUGGUCUCCAGGAUGAUUGGCGGUAUCAGCAAGGGGAACGUCAGCCUCUCCACCGCUGUUGUCGCCGACCUGGGCUUGUCUCCUGCCCGCAGCAGGGGCAUGUCAUCGGGGUGGCCUUCUCUUUGGCCUUCACGCUGGGCCCCAUGCUUGGCGCCUCCCUGCCCGUGGAGACGGCGCCCUGGUUGGCCCUGCUCUUUGCGGUCUCCGAUCUGCUGUUCAUCUCCUGUUUCCUGCCGGAGACGCUGCCCCCGGAGAAGCGGGCACCGUCGAUCACGCUGGGGUUUGGAGCUGCGGUUGACCUGCUCAGCCCCCUGGCCCUGCUCUGUUUCUCAGCGGUGGCACGUGGCCCGGACCCGCCCACCGGAGUCAGGCUGGGCAGCCUGCGCCUGCUGGGCCUGGUCUACUUCCUCUAUCUCUUCCUGUUUUCGGGCCUGGAGUUCACGCUCAGCUUCCUCGUGCACCAGCGCUUCCAGUUCAGCAGGCCAUCCUGCUGCUGGUCCCCGCCUUCCUCCUCGUCGGCUGGGGGCACACGCUGCCCGUGCUGGGCCUGGGGCUGCUGCUCUACUCCUUCGCCGCUGCCAUCGUGGUGCCCUGCCUGUCCUCUGUGGUCGCCGGCUACGGCUCUCCCGGGCAGAAGGGCGUGGUCAUGGGCACGCUGCGGAGCCUGGGAGCCCUGGCCAGGGCUCUGGGGCCCAUGGUGGCCGCCUCAGUGUUCUGGCUGGCCGGGGCUCGGGUCUGCUACACUGUGUGCGCGGGGCUCUUCCUGCUCCCCUUCUCCCUUCUGCGGAAGCUGAGGCCUGCGGCAGGGACGCUCAAGACCGAGUAGCUGAGCCACCCGUACCCCAGAGCGGGGCAGCUGACGCAGGGACUGGGAGGCCUGGGCCAGGACGGCUCCCCACUGCCUGCCCGACUCCUCCUCCCUCCCCGCCCGCCAGCCCGGGGCUCAGCCCGGGGAGGCCCAGGACUCACACCUGUGCCUGUGACACUCCUGUGUGGACCUGCCUGCUAGGAUCAGACUCCAAAACCUUCCAGGCUUUCUGUUCGCUUGUCUGUUUGUUUGUUAUACUCAGCGACACACAGGGUCUAUCUAUCAAUCAGUCAUCAACCAGGCCUCUGAAUGACCAAAUAAAGCAGCUGUUUUAUACCAAGUGCCUUUCUCCAGUGCACAACUCUGCCUCGACCCACCCACUGCCCAGGGAGACCCCCCCCCAGGCACCAGGAGAAGCAGCUUGAGCUGACACACGUUACAGCUCCACG